CCGCGGGUUGAAGACUGCCACAUGAAUUAAAAUUCAGGAAGUCGCUGAGUAUAGUGCUGACAGUGAGGUUUUUCUACCUGCUUUUCAACCUGCUUUAUAUAUUCUUGUUGAAAUUGAAAACUUUACGCCGCUAAUGCAUAGUCACCCACUCAACCAGUUCAAUGGCGAAUGGACAGCUCUCAAGGGCUGAGGCGUUGGCCUGCUCAGGCUGCAGACACGCAUGUCAUGUGAUGCUCUACUCUGACACCAAAAGUCAGCUUUUUGGGAGAACGCCCAUCAAACAUAUCAUACUGAUGCAGAUGCGCUUUGACGGUCUGCUGGGUUUCCCUGGCGGGUUUGUUAAUCAAUCACAGGAGAGCUUGGAGGUGGGGCUUUGUAGGGAGUUACAGGAGGAGUUGGGUGUGACUCUUUCUAUAUCUGAAGACGAUCAUGCGGAUGCUCGCUAUGCCACUGGAACCACCUCGUCCCCCCGUCUCAUCACUCACUUCUAUGUGAAGAAGCUAAAGGAGGAGCAGAUUAAGGAGGUGGAGCAAGCAUCUGCCUCCACAGCAAAAGAUCAUGGCCAGGAGGUCUUGGGGAUGGUCCGAGUCCCCCUCUACACUACAAAAGGCGGGGGUGGCCUCUCGUCGUUCCUGUCGCAUGCGUUCAUCGGGAGUGCUCGCACCCAGCUGGUCGACUCUCUGCUGCGCCUCCACCUGCUUGCCCCCGAGGACCUGCACAAAGCCCUCAAGCACUCAUUGAAGACGCAUGCACUUGGUGCAGUGGACCUGCAAGCAGCACUUGCGCUGACUGAGGCCAAGAGGGAUCACUCUUGAAUAAUGGUUACUCAAGCACACACAUGGGUACAGUCACAAUAUGGUAACACCAAACUUAUCCUGACACACAAAAGGGCCUUACCUGAAUUGUUUCAACAAAGCAGGUAGCAAACAGGUGCAUCUCAGAAAAUUUGAAUAUUUUGGAAAAUUUUAUGUAUUUCAGUAUUUCACUUCAAAAAUUUAAAUUAAAUUAAUUAUUGUACUGUAUUAAAACAUUCACUACCUGAAGAGUGAAAUACAGAUUUUCUAUUCUUUUUCAUAAUUUUGGUGAUUAUAGCUUACAGUGAACAAAAACCCCAAAUUUGUCAUCUCCACUAAUUAGAAUAUUACAUAAGAAACUAAAUUAUUUUUAGUUAAAAAAUAUAUAUUUAUAUAUAUAUAUUCUAAAGUCCUAAAAAAUAUUUUCCUGUGUUAAAUGAAUCUAUAUAAUAGUGUCAUUUUUUGAAUUGCACUAUUGGAAUAAAGGAACUGUCUAUGAUAUGCUAAUUUAUUGAAAUGCACCUGUAGAGUUGUCCAAAAUGUCUUGGUAAUGUGUAGAAAUAAAAUUAAAUGUGAAUUAAGGAGUCUAGAAAAAUCCCCCGUUAUUCAUAAAUUGAUCGUGAGGUGCGUCUAUAUAGUGUACAUUAGCGGUCACCAACAAGUAGCCCCCAAGGACCACAUGAGGAGCUCGCAGGCCUGUUCAAAAAUAGAUUACCAGUGAGAUGUGUUCAUUUUUUGUGGCUGUUCUUUUAUAAAUCACACUUGCAUUGAUGUCAAUUUGGAAAUUACAGUCUUUAAAAAAUAUAUAUCUAAGUUCAAAGGUCAGUAUUGUAGCUCAUGUCCAAACCUUAGUGUUCUGAAAACAAGCACCAGGGUGCAUCAAAAAUGAGGAUAUGAUUUAUACCCAAAUAAUUUGAUCAAAUUUGUUAUUACAGAAGCAAACUGGGAGCCCUUCACAUUGAUCAGUACUCAAAAAUUAGCCCUCAGUUUUAAAAAGAUGACCCCUGGUAUACACCUGUCCAAAGAACGUCUGAAUAUGGUAGUAAAGAGAUGCAUGCAAUACAUGAUUUAUUUACAUGUUGUUCUCUUUUGUAAGUGGCAUUUUUUCCUAUCAUAAAAAAAUAAUAAGGUUGUACAGUUGAGUUCGUUUCAUACUGGGACGAUUUGGUACACCCUUAUUUUGAUACCAUAUGAGUUGGCUUGGCUUCUUCGGUGGUGACCAUGUGUUUCCCUCUGAACAAAUGCACAUACACUAGUGUCCAUCUGUAGGGGGAGGGCUUGAGCAAAAAUACAAAACAUUUACAAUCAUGUACUCUUCCUGUGCUCAAUAAAAGUCUGCAGCACAACAUCGAUCAGAGAUUGUAAACACUUUCUUUUUUAAUUCUACCAUUACUUAACUUUGUGGUAUCUUUAAAAUGACACAAUAAGAACAUUUUUCACCAUUUAAACAGUUUUCAGGUGCCUUAAUAAAAUGUCUCUGGCAUUCUUCUCGCAAAAUAUAUAAAGUAUAAAGAAUGGCAGCACAUCUACUUAGGUCACUGGUUGAUAUCACUCUGUUUUGGAAAGCGGCAGCUUAUUCUCAUGAAAAUGAGACAUUGUGCUUACCUCCAACACAAUACCGAGUCGAGUAUGGCUUUCAUUGGGCAAGCGGCUACUUGUCCUCAAACAGUCACAAACACAUUUGUAGUUGUAGGAGGAGUACUUCCAACACCAAAUUGCGAAAUUAGACUCUUCAAUUAGUGUGCGGAUACGUACAUGUGGUGCUGGAGAGGACACAUGGGUAAAAAACCCACGGCGACAACCUCGUCAAACAUUCGAGUAUGUGCCAGUUAUCAGAAGCUCGCACUUAUAACACUGUUAGCUAAUGCUAAUCUGUGUUAUCACUGCAACUCUGCUUACCUUUUGGCCCAGCCUAUAUAUAACAAACCAUGGGCGGAGAAACUGAGUGUGGCAUAAGUACGUAAACUUGAAAAUUCUGAACAGCCCGCUUAUAGACACAUUUUUGGAAGCAGGGAGCUGAUGCCAGAAACACAACUAUGUAAGCAAUUAGUCUUUUUUUCCCCAUAUUAUGCUAAUAUCAUGGUUUAUUCAAACUAGGGCUACAACGAACCAUCAUUUUAAUAAUCGAUUAGUCGGUCGAAUAUUUUCUCCAUUAAUGGAAUAGUCUGAUAAGGAAAUUUGUUUUUAUUCAAAAACAGGACCUCAUUUCAAAUUGACUGCAGAAAAGCCCACAGGCAAGUUGCUGCACGAACAUCCCAGAGCUCUUUUAGGAAUACGUCCAUCCAUUCAUGCAUUUUCUACACCGCUUAUCCUUACUAGGGUCGCGGGUAUGCUGCAGCCUAUCCCAGCUAUCUUCGGGCGAGAGGCGGGGUACACCCUAAACUGGUUGACAGCCAAUCACAGGGCACAUAUAAACAAACAACCAUUCGCACUCACAUCCACGCCUACGGACAAUUUAGAUUCUUCAAUUAACCUACCGUUAGCAGGUCAACCUGCUCAAUAACAGUCCUACCAGACUUAAAAUAAAAAAAAUGUAUUUUCAUGCCCAGUUUUACUGUAGUAUGUGCCGCAAUUCGCACAUUCUUAAUUUUUUAAAAAUCUGUUUUUACACAAUUUAGCAUAAAAUGUGUUAGUAUUUCUAUUAGGUAAUACCGUCUGGACUGUGUUGACGCAGUUGUCUCUUCAUUAAUCGUUAUUAUAUAGUUUUGUUUAAUUGGAGGUUAAUAAUUACCUUAGCAUAGGUGCUAAUUGUUUGUUAGCAUGUCUAUCUGUAUGUGUGUGUAUGUGUCCGUUUUACAAAAUACUACGACUAGGAGUGACAAAUAAACUGCUUGAAGCAAGAA